GGUUAUGCUUGACGACCUCUCCAAACAAACUGACUUUCGAACAAACUGGCUCUUCGUUAAGCUUAGGAUUGGCCUCAAAGACACUACGAGAUCCUUUUAAACUCUAUUUGUCAAAUUGAUGGUUUACUUUGACAUCAGGAAUAGAUCGCCCAAUAAAUAAAUACGUUAUAUGGGUGGUGAUAGUCGAAGUCUUCAAUGAGUUCAGUUGCAGUUUGUAGAGACAUGGAUAGGUUGGUUUUGGUGAGGCUUUGCCUCGAAGCCAUGAUAGUGUUAUCCCUUGUAGCCUGCUUCACAUUGCAAGUUUUGGACGGAUUGGACAAGUUUUUCAAAAAACAAACUUCUAUGAUGGUUGAGACCAACAACACCAAAGCUAUUAAUUUUCCCCAAAUCACAAUGUGCCGGGGAAUAAAAAAGUCAAAAAAACGGGAAAACCUAAUGGAAACAUUCUUUGAUCACAAUCCAGGACGACAAAAAGCCUCGGAGGAAGAAAUCCAGGCUUGGUGGCGGGAUCAAAAUUAUAGAUUGAGAGACUUCUUGUAUUUAGUACGCUUCGAAGAACCGAGUGGCGGAACACUUGUUUUGGAUCUAGAGAAUCUUGAUAACGGACAUGAUUCAUAUCAAGUGACACGGCUUUCAUCAGUGUCCGGCGAUUGCUUCAAGUUUGACUUUCCAAAUCCUGUUGAUGCUAACUCACAUAUUCAGUUUCAAUUCAACUUAACUGCAGAAGAAAGAGUCAGAUUGUACCUUCAUGCCAAGGGAGAAGAAUUUGGCAUUUAUUGGAAUUAUUGGCUAAAUCCAAUCAGCUUUUUCAAGGUGGAACCUGGUUUAAAAGCUGAUGUUUUGCUGUCAUAUUCCACUACCCAGUAUCUGAAUACUGCAGACAAUCCUUGUGAGGAUAAAGUCGAAUACAAAGAUUGUGUUAAUCAUUGGCUUAAGAAAAACCUCAAGGAUGCCCAAUGUACACAGGCAAAGACGGCUUGCCGUCUACCUAUGGCUGCGUCACUCAUGGGACAAAUGGAUGACAUCCCCUUGUGCUUGACCCGUAACGAAAGUGAUUGUAUGAGCAAUCAUGUUAUGCAAAAGAUCCGCAACUCCAGUAUUGACAAACCUCAAUCGAAUGGAUGUCAAAAAUCUUGCAUAAAGAAGACUAUUUUAGCUCAAGUCCUGGAGGAUCCCUCUAACACAAUAGCAAACACUCGUGCAGACAUAUUCAUGCUAUUCUCAGAAUCCGCUUAUCCUAUGUAUACCGAGUAUCGAAUAUUUGAUUUGAACGGGAUUGUAGCCAUGGUUGGCGGAUCCUUGGGUUUAUUCCUUGGCUUUUCAGGGAGGGGCUUCCUUCUCAGUAUUUUGGAUUUCCUUUGGCAACGAUGUUUAUUGCAAACCAAGACUCCUGUUGAAUUUCUAAAGUGAGCCAGAAGAAAUUUCAUUCAUCGCCUUUCGUCGCCAUUGAGAACGUCCAUCCAUGGCAGCUAUUGGGUUCAUUCAAUCAGCUACAACUAACAUUUAUGCUGCGAUUUGAAUUUAUGAGUAGACCUAGGAUAAAUAUUAGUGGUGGGGCGAGUCUUCUAAUUUUUUGACUUUUUGCCGGACUCGCCGAGUCCGGAAUCGAGUCCAGCAGAGGACCCUGAUCUUUUAAUACAGUC